UUUUUUUUAGCAUCCAAAAAGUAACGAACCAGAUGUUUUUCUUCCUUGAAUCUUCCACAUAUCUAUCUCACUCGGUUUUUAUGCAUAAAAAACCCAGAAAAGCUGCAGUCCACUUAGCUCUGCCACUGAAUUAAGCAAACGCAAGGUGUAUGAACACAUUGAGUACACAUGCAGCCACACGGCUCACACGUCGAUCUUUCUCUAAAAAUAUAGCCACUCAUACACUGCCAUGCAUGGUCUCAUCACUAACUUUGAUGCAUGGUCUCAUCACUAACUUUGAUCAACAACAAUGCUAAGAUAAAUAAUAUGCCAACAAUCUUCCAUUUCUCUAAGCAUAUUGCCGGUCCCUUGGUCGCUGGCCAAUGUGGCUUUGGACCCCGGAAAGAACCUUUCAGCGAAAUAAAAACUCCAAAAGACGAAGAGAAAUGAGCGUGAGGAAUCAGUAGCUUUGGAGCUUGCUAGCAGUGGAGGCAAUCAUGAUCAAGAACCAUCCUGGACGCUGAUCUUCCGUUUGCUUGAUCAUUGUGGCAAGUGAAAUGAAAGAUCAGCACCAAAGCGUUCGAUUAGUUAUUUGAUGAUUCUUACCGUCGAUUGAUUAAUUAAUCAAUCAACUACUCUGCAGGCCAAGGAUUAAUUUGUUAAUUUAAGGGAACGUGCGUCAAAUUUUCGGCCGGGAAAAAGCUUCGCGCGGUAGCAAUAGCAUUUCCUGGAACGAACGACGAUCUUAACUUUGGUUUAUAUACAUUUCGGAGAGUUAGUUAGCACCGACAGAGUCGAGCUCCAUUAAUCCCCUUGGGUUCAGGAGAUGGAACACCGGACUCUGCUGCUUCCACUGGCUGUCGUCGUCACCACACUGCUGGUCUCGACAACAUGGCAGCAGCUGGCGUCUGCGGCAGAGUGCCAGCGGCGGUGCGGCGGGGUGGACAUCCCGUACCCUUUCGGCAUCGGGCGCGGCUGCUUCCUGGAGUCCCCCGACAUGGCCUUCUCCCUCACCUGCAACCUCACCGCCGGCGAUGGCAACACGAGCACGAGGCGGCCCUUCAGCGGCGCGCUGGAGCUGCUGGACGUGAGACUUGGGCGCGGCCAGGUGCGCGUCCGGAACCGCAUCAGCUCCUGGUGCGGCCACAACGGCACGCCAUCCAUGGCCAGCGGCGGCUCGCAGCUUCUCCCCUCCUCCUUCCGCGUCUCCGACGCCGCCAACCGUUUCACCGUCAUCGGCUGCGACGCGCUCGCCUACGUCGGCGCCGACGCCGACAAUGGCGUAAUCGGCAUGUACAGCGUGGGGUGCCGGUCCAUGUGCCCGAGCGCGGCGCGGCUGGCCAACGGGUCGUCCUGCUCCGGCAUGGGGUGCUGCCAGGCGGCGGUCCCGCCGGGGCUCAGCCGGUACCAGGUCUGGUUCGAGGACGAGCUCAACAGCAGCAGCUCCGGCCGCGGCGCCAUGAGCCGGCCGUGCAGCUACGCCGUGCUGGUCGAAGCGGCGGCGUUCGAGUUCCGGACCACGUACGUGACCACGGGCGAGUUCAUGGAGGCCACCGGCGGCCAGGUGCCGCUGGUGCUCGACUGGGUCGCCGGGAACCAGACUUGCCUGGAGGCGAAGACUCAGGCGGCAGGGUACAAGUGCUUGAGUGGCAACAGCGAGUGCGUCGACUCCAGGAACGGGCCGGGGUACCUCUGCAACUGCUCCGCCGGGUACCAAGGCAACCCUUACGUCCUCAACGGCUGCCAAGAUAUUGACGAGUGCGAGCAAACGGGAGCCGCAUACCCAUGCUCUGCUCCAGACACCUGCAGCAACACCGCCGGAGGAUUCAGAUGCCUGUGCCCGGCAGGCCAUUCGGGCAACGCCUACACGGGGCCAUGCGAGCAGAAGCGAUCCGAGCGCCCAUGGCAAGCCGCGAUCGGCGUCAGCGUGGGCGUGGUGGUGCUGGCGGUGGGCAUGUCGUGCACCUACGCGGCGCAGGAGAAGCGGCGGCUGGCGGCCAUCAAGGCCCGCCACUUCCGGCAGCACGGCGGCCUGCUGCUCUUCGAGGAGAUGAAGAACAAGGGCAACAACGGGAUGGUCUCAUCUUCCUCCUUCACGCUCUUCACGAGGGAGGAGCUAAGGGAGGCCACGGGGGGAUUCGACGAGCGGCACGUGCUGGGCAGGGGCGGCAACGGCACCGUGUACCGCGGUACGCUCCGGGACGGCACCGCCGUGGCCAUCAAGCGGUGCCGAGCCGCCGCGGACGGCAUUGACGACGACGAUGGCGGGCGGCGGCAGAGGGAGUUCGGCAAGGAGACGCUGAUCCUGUCCCAGAUCAACCACAAGAACAUCGUCAAGCUCUACGGCUGCUGCCUCGAGGUGGAGGUGCCCAUGCUCGUCUACCAGUUCAUCCCCAACGGCACGCUCUACCACCUCCUCCACGGCGGCAGCGACAACAAUGGCGAAUCCGCGGCGGUGCCGUUCGCGGUGCGGCUGAGGAUCGCGCACGAGACGGCGGAGGCGCUGGCGUACCUGCACUCGAUGGCGUCGCCGCCCGUCAUCCACGGCGACGUCAAGUCCCCCAACAUCCUCCUCGACGGAGCGUACGCCGCCAAGGUGUCCGACUUCGGGGCGGCCACGCUGGCGCCGCCGACGGACGAGGCGCACCUGGUGACCUUCGUGCAGGGCACCUGCGGGUACCUGGACCCGGAGUACAUGCAGACUUGCCGGCUCACGGAGAAGAGCGACGUGUACAGCUUCGGCGUCGUGCUCCUGGAGCUGCUCACCUCCCGGAAGGCGCUCAACCUCGCCGCCCCCGACGACGAGAGGAGCCUCGCGGCGAGCUUCCUGUCGGCGGCCAGGGAUGGCAGGCUUGAUGGAUUGCUGGAUGCGAGGGUCAAGGGCGAGGUGGAGGCCGAGGUGCUCGAGAUGGUGGCCGGGAUCGCCAAGAUGUGUCUGGAGAUGUCUGGCGAGAGGCGGCCCUCCAUGCGAGUGGUCGCUGAGGAGCUUGACAGGAUCAGGAAGAUGUCGUCAUCGGCGUUGCAGCGUUCGUGCUUGGAUGAAGCUCAAGCACACUCUGUUUUGGAUGGGAUCAGUGAUAGGUGAGAGUGAAAUUACCUACUGCUUGAUUGAUCUGGACUUUGGAGGCGAUGGAGUUGGAGAUGAAUUCUUGAUCAGAUCACCAAACUCGUAUCGCUCGGUUUGAGAUCGUAAACAAAAAGGCAGGUGGUACAGGUUUGACAAAUAGCGCAACAUAUAGUGAUACUGACAUAAAACCCUUCCUUUUUGUAUGAACAUGUGUUCAAUUGUAUAAAUGCACAUUUCCAUUGUGUUCAAGUGACGUGAUGUAUGUUGUGUAAGCACAAUUCAUGAUUUCAGGUCGAUGAACCACGUAUCGAUGUAAUACAAGAUUUUGAGAGGAAACGCA